AUGGAGAGCGCCGCUGCGGCCGACGGAGAGGGAGCUCCGGCUGCGGCGGAGGCGCCGGCGCCGGCCUCGGCCACGGUGGACCUGGAGGACCUGGAGCCGGUGCCGGAGGGCGCGGGCGGCGACGGCGGAGGGAGCAGCAGCAGCCGCUCGCGGUCGCGGUCGGCGCGCCCUGGCUCCUCCUCCUCCUCGUCCUCGCGGUCCCCCUCGGCAGGCGCGGCCGCGCCGCCGGCGUUCACCAUCGACGACUGGGUCAAGGUCGUGGGGCUGGAGUCCGAGGCCGGGAAGGCUCUCAACGGGCGGCGCGGCGUCGUCGUGCAGUUUAUCGAGGCGAACGGGCGCUACGAGGUCAAGUUCGGGGCCGACCAGAUGGCACUGCUGCGGCCAGACAAGCUCGAAAGGUGCGAGCCGCCGGAGGAUGAGGUCGCGAAGCCGCCGCCAAAGGCCGAGGCGCCCAAGUCGGACUCGCUGGCCGCGCUGCUGGGCGCGGGGCGGCAAGAGGAGCCCAGGCCGGAGCCGCCGCCGAAGGAGGCGGAGUGGUCCGUGUGGGCCCGCAGCGCCCCCGAGGGCGCUCCGGUGGCCGCCCUGACCGAGGAGCAGCGCCAGGUGUUCUUGGACCUUCAGUCGCAGGAGGAGCAGUGGCAGAAGGAGGAGGAGGCCCUCCGGCGCAAGGUCGCAGCGGAGUUUGCUGCGGCGGGGAUCUUCGAAGGAGAGAUGAUCGAGCAGGCGUUCCAGGAGCAGCUCGAGAGGCUGCGGCUCCGCAAGCUGCUGAGAGGCCCCUCCGGCCACCAGCCGAAGGAGAACAGGCGGCGCAAGUCGCGCUCCUCGGAGAGUUCAUCGUCAUCCUCGUCGCG